CCAGGGUGAGAAGUAUACAGGCUGCGUAUGGGCUGCAGGGGGUGACUGGUACUGAGGGGCGCUGUAUGCACGGGGAAAGUAGGGGUAGCCGGGGCUAAAAUGAGAGAAAGGCGGGAUUACAGAGAUUAGAGCAGAUGCCACAGUGUAUGUUGGAGGCCUGGAUGAAAAGGUGUCUGAGCCUCUGCUAUGGGAGCUCUUCUUGCAAGCAGGACCGGUAGUGAAUACACAUAUGCCCAAAGACAGAGUCACAGGGCAGCAUCAAGGUUAUGGCUUUGUGGAAUUUCUGAGCGAAGAGGACGCCGAUUACGCCAUAAAGAUUAUGAACAUGAUCAAGCUCUACGGGAAACCCAUCCGAGUAAAUAAAGCCUCCGCCCACAACAAGAACCUGGAUGUCGGCGCCAACAUCUUCAUUGGGAACCUGGAUCCUGAGAUUGAUGAGAAGUUGUUGUACGACACCUUCAGUGCUUUUGGGGUAAUAUUACAAACCCCCAAGAUCAUGAGAGAUCCGGACACGGGCAACUCCAAAGGCUACGCCUUCAUCAAUUACGCCAGUUUUGAUGCCUCUGACGCAGCCAUCGAGGCCAUGAACGGACAGUACCUGUGCAACAGGCCCAUCACUGUUUCCUAUGCCUUCAAGAAGGACUCCAAAGGAGAGCGGCAUGGCUCAGCUGCAGAGAGACUACUGGCCGCCCAGAAUCCACUUUCACAGGCCGACCGGCCCCACCAGCUUUUCGCCGAUGCCCCUCCCCCUCCAUCUGUACCAGCUGUCAUUACUUCAUUGACAAGUGCAGUUGCUGCAGGUCUUCCCACGUUUCCCCCUGUCCCUCCACCUGGAGCAAUGCCUCCUGGGAUUCCACCCUCCAUGCCUCCUCCACCAAUGUCUCCUGUCACAGGCGCUGGGCAAGUUGCAGGCGCUUCUUCUCAAGUCCCACUUCCAUUUCAGUCUACCGGAAUGCACCCAGGUAUGCAGAUGCAAAUGCCUCACCCCUCUAUCCCAGGAGCAUCACCGCUUGGAACACGCCCACCAGGAAUGGGACCACCAGGACCCCCUCCUAUGGGAAUGCCGCCAAGAGCUCCACCAUUUGGAGCCAUGGGUCACCCAGGCAUGCCUCCAGGUAUGAGGCCACCACCCCUGAUGCCACCAUACAACGGCCCACCAAGACCCCCGCCAUAUGGUUACCAGCGUACCCCAAUGCCCAUACCCCGACCUGCUCCACCUCGACCUCCAAUGAGACUCCCCAUGACUCAGUGAUCAGAAGAAAUGGACUCCCCUUCAGCCUGUGUAACAAGUCCAUCAGAAAUCAUUUAAGCCCAUCUCAUUUCCCUUUCAGAUCACAUAUAGAAGCCCCCCUCAGUUUGCUAUUAAUUCACUUGUACAGAAUUGUUUUUAUAAAUGGGAAUUCAUCCACAGGCAUCUGUUGUCCUUUUACAUUCCAUGGCUGCAAUAAAUAUCCGCGCAGUUUUCAUGUUGUAGCUAUGUGAACUGCUUCAAUAAAUGGAAAAUGCCGCAGACGUUUGACAUUUUUCCCCAACCCAUUUUUUAAAAAUCGUUCUUAAACUGGUUUAAUAACUUGUUUUUUUAUAUAAAGGUUUAAUUGUAAUAAAAGGAAAAAAAACGGAA